AGUGUUGUAUUCUUUCUUUCUUCACUUAAAAAAAAAGAGUAAAGCAAACAUAAGUAAAAUAAAAAUUUGUGUAUGUAGAAGAGUUGAAAACAAUUUGAAUUGAGUUUUUCAAUGCCAAUUUGGGCUCUUAUCUUUGCAUAUUUAUUUUUCCCUGCUUUCUCGUUGUAAAUAAUGGUUUUAAAAUUGCAUAAUAUCUGGGUUUCGCUAAACGUGAAACAAAAUUUCAUUUCAUAGUGUUUAAAAUUAAAAAAAAAAGUAAUAGUUAAAAUAAAGAUAUAAAGCAAGUCUUGAAAAAAGAAACAAAUAUAUCUUAAAAAAAAUAUACAUACUUAUAUAUAUAUAUUUAUGUAUAUACAUAUUUAUACAUGUAUUUUAAAUGAAAUUAAAAAAAGUUAAAAUAUUAUUAAAAUUCGAAAAAAGUGUUAUGGAAAUCUUGUUAUAAUAUAAAAUAAGAAAAAAAAUUAUUCAUAGUUAUAAAUAUAUAAUUAUAUAUAUAAUUAUAUAGUUAUAUUUAAAUAUAGUGUAAAAAUCCUAGCUAAAUAAGUACGAAAAAAUAAAUUUUUAGAAUUAAUCAAUAAAAUGGAUUUGAUAGAAAAAGUUCUUCUACUUGUUAUCGUUGCUGUGAAAAUUACUUAUGCAGCCAAAACUACUAGCGCAAAUUUAAUCGAUGACGGUAUCACAGUAUAUUUUGGUGAUUCAGAAGUUGAAGUUGGUAAAUCAUUUGAAAUUGUUUGUAUAGUUACAUUAUCUGAUCCAAUAGAAUGGCUUAAAGAUAAUAAACCUAUAACACGACAUAAUUUACGGCAUGGGAAUAGUGAUCAUGCCUAUGUUAUAAGAGAAAAAAAAGUAGAAGGUGAAACAAAUAAAGUCGAAGCCGUUUUAUCUGUUAAGCACGCAUUAAAAGUACACGAAGGAAAAUAUCAAUGCAAUAAAGUACAUUCGAAUUAUCAUACGUUAAAAGUUGUUAGCAACGAAAAGUUAACAACAACACCAAUUGAAUUAGAAACAAUGUAUUAUUCGCCGAUUCCGUCAAAUAUAAAUUAUUUUAAUGAAUCUUUUGUUAUGUCUGAUGAAUUAUCAAAUGAAUCACCAGAAAAAGACGAUAAAAUAGAAAAAGUGAGCAAUUUAGUACCAAAUUACGAUAAUCAAAAUAAAGAAAUUAAAGUUUACGAUAUAAGACACAAAUUACAUUUAAAAUGUAAUGUUACAAGUGGAUCUAAUGAUGGUUUAUUUUGGGAGAAAGAUGGAAUUGAUGUAUCGAAAAUUCCUGAACUAAAGGACCGUUAUAAAAUAAAUGGACCUGAAAAAUCAUUCAUAAUUGAAAAAACUGUUGAAGAUGAUGAAGGAACUUAUAGUUGUGUUCUAAACGAUGAGAAAAGAAAUAUAAAUGUUGUCUCCCAAGUUGUUGUUCGUGUUCCAUCUGGUACAGGAAGUGUUGAAGGCGAAUCUUUAACUAUUCGUUGUAUAGUAGCCGGUUCAGAUCCACAAAUUCACUGGCAGUUUGAUGAAACUGUAAUUGAUAAGUCUACCGAUAAGUACCUGUUACAAGAAAAUGAGAAAAAUAUAAAAAAUGCUUUAAUUGUUAUUCACAAUGUAACUGCAACUGAUGCUGGUGAAUAUAAAUGCAUUGCAAAAAAUUUAGCUACAGAAUACGCUGGACGAAAGGAAGCAGUUGGAGUUACAGUUCUACGAGUAAAAGGUAAAUUUGCCGCGUUAUGGCCAUUUUUAGGAAUUGUUGCCGAAGUUUUAGUUCUUGCCAUUAUAAUAAUUGUUCAUGAAAGUGGAAAAAAAGAUGCCAAAGCCGAAAUGGAUUAAUUAAUUUACGAUCCGAAGCCGAAAAGACGUUAAUUGAUUAUGGUACCUUCUUCCGUUGUAAUAAAAUUAUUGUUUGCUAGAUUCAUAAAAAAAUUAUUAUUACUAAUUAUUACAAAAAAAAAUAUAUAAAUAUAAAAUCAUAAGAUGUUUAAUUUUUUAGCAACGGUUGCCUUUUACUUUAACAAUAACGUUAAGUUGAGUUGUGUAUUAAAAAAGCAAUAUUGAAAAAAAAUUUUAGGAUAAAAAUAAAUUCAAAUUUUAAAUUAAACAAAACAAAAAUUAAAGGUGUUUAUAAUUAAUAAUUAAUUCUCAAAAAGAUAAAAAUUAAAAAGAAUUAUCCU